AUGGAUGGGUCUGACGAAGUUGGAGGAGUUACAGGUGGUGAGGGGGUGGAGGUGGAGGGAGUUGAUGGAGAUGAAAUCGAGGUGCACGGGGGCCGGGAAGGGGAGGGAGGUGGAUGGGAUGAUGAGUGGCGGUGCAGGGGGCGUGCAUGGAUAUGGGUGGAGGGCGAGGGUUGCGAUGGAGUAAUUUGA